UACUAUGAGUGACGGCUCCUGACGAACGUUCCCGUCAGCGCGUCCCUCAAAAACAAAACAGAAACGUGAACGGCUUUCCGAGCUGAGGAGGUUAAAAUACCGGGACACAACUGAGCAAAGUCUCCAAAAAAACAAACAAACAAACAACAACAAACAACCAAAAAACAGUUGUCUUUUUGCGGACGUUAUGGACGACGGCAAAGAAACUGUUGCAAUGAGAGAGGCGAGAAGACGGGAGCGCGUAACAGGUUCAAACAGAUAUGGUUUUGGUGAUAAUGAAGUCUUGGAAGAAGGAGACGAGGGUAUUGGCGCUUGUGGCUACCUCCUUGUUCUGUUCUCCAUCCUUCUGACGCUGCUUACCCUUCCACUCUCCAUUUGGAUGUGCAUUAAGAUUGUGAAAGAGUAUGAACGUGCCAUCAUCUUUCGCCUGGGGCGCAUCCUGCGAGGAGGAGCAAAAGGACCAGGGUUGUUCUUCAUCUUGCCCUGCACUGACAGCUUUAUCAAUGUGGACAUGCGCACCGUUACCUUUGACAUCCCCCCACAAGAAGUGUUGACCAAAGACUCCGUGACCGUGAGUGUCGAUGGCGUAGUGUACUACCGUGUCCAGAAUGCCACCUUGGCUGUGGCCAACAUCACUAAUGCUGAUGCUGCAACUCGCCUGCUGGCCCAGACCACCCUGAGGAAUGUCCUUGGCACCAAGAAUCUGGCCGAGAUCCUGUCAGACCGUGAAGAGAUUGCACACAGCAUGCAGUCCACUCUGGAUGAUGCUACAGAUGACUGGGGCAUCAAGGUGGAGCGGGUCGAGAUUAAGGAUGUCAAACUGCCCCUUCAGCUCCAAAGAGCCAUGGCAGCUGAGGCUGAGGCUAGCCGUGAGGCCAGGGCUAAGGUUAUUGCAGCUGAGGGAGAGAUGAAUGCUUCACGGGCGCUGAAGGAGGCCUCCCUGGUAAUUGCCGAGUCGCCCUCGGCCCUGCAGCUUCGCUACCUGCAGACCCUCAACACCAUCGCCGCAGAAAAGAACUCCACCAUCAUCUUCCCUCUUCCGCUGGAGAUGAUGCAGGGCUUUAUUAAGCACUAGGGAGGAUGUUAAAAUGCAGACAGUCAA